AUGGGUGUUGACUAUUAUCGUCAAGUCGAUUUGAUUAACGAAUUAGUAGUUACCAAGGGAGAAAGCAUUAUUACUCCUCGUAAUAUUGCUCAAGAAGAAUAUGAUUUGGAUUCUCCUUCUAAAGGUAGAAGUAAAGUUGUUAAAUUGAUUGGUUCUAAUAGGAUUAUUGAUGGUGUUUCGGUACGUUGUCCACCUUAUUUAUUAAAUUUUUUCAAUUUGACUGGUUACAGGUUGAAUAACAGGUAUAAUAAUGUUUAUAAUAAAGUAGAAGAUGUUUCCAGCAGGUAUUAUCGUAUGGAAAAGAAAGUUACCAGUAGAAUUGCAGGGUUGCAUUCUGAUCGUGAUGAACAACUUUUGAAGGGUUUUGCUUUUACUUUAGUUUCAGGUAUGACAGGUUCAAUUUUAUUUAGAAGAAGAAACAUAUUAGCAAGGUUUACUAUGCCAAUAGUGUUUGCCCUAGCAUGUUUUAGUUAUGCAUUGCCAACUACUUAUGAUAACACUAUGGAUUUGAUACAUGAUGUCGAAGAAUCUUUAUUCCCAAAUUUUGUAGCCAAACAAGAUGUCAUUGUAGCAAAGGGAAGAAUUGGUAUCGAUCACACUAUUAUGACUUAUGAAAUUAUCAAGGAUAAAUUGAGUUCAGUCAAUAACUUUAUCAAGGGACACAUUAACUUCAACUAG